AUGUCCGACGACGACUCCACCCGCGACGAACGUCUCAAAUCCGCCCUGUGGUACUCAAUCGGCCAAUUCGUCGACGAGCAAUGCCUGCAGCAAAACCUCAACGCGACCCCGCAAUUCAUCGGCGCGCUGACCGAGCUCGUGUGGACGCAGAUCGCAAACACAUCCCGCGACCUGGAGACCUUUGCGAAGCAUGCUGGCCGGGAAGUUGUGCAGACGGAGGAUGUGAUGCUGCUUACGAGGCGGAAUGAGGGGCUAGAGAGUGUGAUGAAGACGUUUGUGGAUGAGUUGAGGGCGAAGGAGGGAAGGCCAGCGGUGGGAGGGGUGAAGGGGAAGGGGAAGGGGAAGGGGAAGGUUGGGGCGAAGGGGAGGAGGUGA